ACGGCUACGUUUUAGAUAAGUUGAAUUUAACGCCAUCGAACGUAGCCAACGCAGACAGGUCGACCGCGCAAGAGAAAAUCGCUGAGAAAUGCUGGGGCAAAGGCAGUAUAAAGUGCAAUCGACCCUGCGUUCGCUUCGACUAUAGUUUCACGAGCAGCAAGUCCCGCCUGGAUGAUAACGUCUAUCAAGCUCUCAAGAAGCAGUUCAACGUGUCAAACGACUCGAGCGUGGCUAUCAUUAAGGCUUAUUUUCCCGCACUUCGCUACACGGAAAUCAAACUCUGGCGGUCUGGCAUUGAAGACCUUAUCAGCACACUUGGCGGUUACACAGGACUCUUCCUUGGGGCUUCUCUCAUCACCUUGGUCGAGGCCUUCGUCUUCAUCGUGCUCUUCUUCGUCGUCUUCGUCAGGAAUAUCAACAGGAGGCUCAACGGUCUCUCCCAUCACAGCGCCACGCACCCGUCCGCUCCGCUGGGCAAAGCAGGGUCGUCGUACCAGAAUGAAUGAAGAUGAAUGGUUUAUUUGUGGUUGUGCCGAAUGGUUUACUUACGGUUGGGCCGAGUGUGGUUGCUUUGCGGUGUUGUCUCUGGUUAGAAGUGGGAGCUGGAAGGGAAAAGGGAAGGCAUAAAGAAUGGAUACGUAAUGAAUGAAAGGAAGAUAGAAGUAUAUAGGAAGAUGAAGAAGAGAAAAUGGAAGAGAACGCGAAAGUAGUGAUUGGAAUUUUUAGGAAUUGGGAGCUGAAAGGGAAACAACUGGAGGGAGUUAAGAAAUAAUAACAACAAAAACACAUGAAGAAAUAAAGGAAGAAAGAAAAUAUAAAGAAAAAGAAUGAAUAGGAAAAGGACAGAAAACACAAAAGAAGCUGA